AUGGCCGACAACAUAAAAGGCUCCCAGGACCUCUCGCGCGAGGAGGCCAUGGCCAUCGCCGCCCUCGCGACGGCCGGCAUCUACAACGCCCUCGAGAUCUACGUCCUCAUCCUCUCCACCUUCCGCCAGCGCCGCGGCCGCUACUUCUGGUCCAUGGUCGUCGCCAACACGGGCAUCUUCAUCCACGCCAUCGUCUCACUAACACGCUACCUCCGCCGCUCCGGCACCGUCGUCCCCGGCGCCUUCGCCCUCGUCGCCUGGGUCAUGAUGGUCACCGGCCAGUCCGUCGUGCUGUGGAGCAGGCUGCACCUCGUCGUCUACAACCGCGGCCUCGUCCGCCUCGUGCUGGGCCUCAUCGUCGCCAACGGGUGCGCGAUCCACGUCCCCAUGGCCGUCUUCUGGGUGCUCUGCUGGGCGACCCCGCCGGACGCGCAGGCCGGCUGGAUCGAGCGGUACGGCGUGUACGAGAAGGUCUCGAUCGUGCUGUUCACGCUGCAGGAGACCUUCCUGACGGGGAUUUUUGCCAGGCAGGGCUUCUUCAACCUCAGGCCGCUGUUCGCGUUCAAGACGCGCUCGGCGCGGCUCAUCUCGUGGUACCUGCUGAGCCUGUUCAUACUCGUCUUCGUGCUGGACGUCGGGCUCGUGGUGCUCGAGUACACGAACAACUUCGUCUUCCAGACGUCGAGCAAGCCGCUGGUGUACAGCAUCAAGCUCAAGGUGGAGUUCACGGUGCUGAACCGGCUGCUGGCGUUUACCAAGAUGAACUCGUGCGAUUGUCACCACCUGAGCGACGGGCCGGGGAGUUUCACGACGGGGAUGGUGACGAAGGAUAGUAAUACGGCGGCGGCGGCGGCGGCGAAGGGACAGGCGGCGGUGGGGAGGGAGGGGGAGGGGGCGAAGCUUAGUGGGAAUGGGAAUGGGAAUGGGAUGUCGCCUUUGCCUGAUUCUGAGAGGCCUGAUCAUAUCUUUGAUGGGCAGUAG